CUUCUUGUUCGUUCAAUUAGAUAGUUAAUUGUGCAAUAGAUGGGCGUUUUAUAAUGAUCAUGCAUCGACAUUGAUGUCAAUGUACAACGCUUGAUCGAAUAUCUAUUAAACAUGGAGAAAGCUGUAUCUCUCUUUUGUCUACUAGCUACUUUAAUUUCAGCUGUGAAAGUGGAGUCACUGAAUUGCCCAAAUGGAGAGAGACCCUACCCUCCCAAUAGCUGUAUCAAUCUAUCAACUGCAACUUCAUUAGCAAAUGCAUUCACUUGUGGUUCGAGUUCUUCUAAACUAAUCACCUUUGAAGACAGCGAACAGUUCAACACACUCUCGAGAUACGUUGAACUCUAUCAACAAAACUAUUGGACUGGCUACAGAUACAACGCUAGCAGCGCACUAGUAGACAGUGAUGACAGCCCACCAUCUCUUGGAAGCCCCGUCCUGGAUUCAAAUAAUUUUGCUCCUGAUCAACCAGCCCCUGAGGCCGAUGUCACUUGUUUGUUUAUCGGUAUGGUUGAUGGGAGCAAUGAUGUGCGACUGUUCCGACAGAUGUGCAGCAUGGAACUACGUUAUAUCUGUGCCGAUCCUGUUCAAGUUCCAUCCAUAACCUUAGCAACCUCAGUCCCACGAUUCCUGAGUCAAGGCUCUUCAAUCAUCCUAACUUGCACUGCUAUGAACAACGAUGGUCCUAUAAUGUGGAGAAGAAAUGGCAAUGAAAUAUCCAGUGACACCUCGGGUGUGGUUAUUAAUGAUGAUACUCUAACUGUGAUUUCCUACGAUGGAGUGACGGUCAACUACGAAUGUGUGGCAGGAAGCAGAGUAGGGGGUGUGGUCUCACAGGCUGUCGUCUUGGAGACUAGUGGAGCGGAGAGCCCAGCUCCUACCAUAAUGCAGCUCUCCUCUGCCCCACUCACCCCUGUCCAACUGGGCACGUUGGUCACACUCACCUGUUCAUUCACCUCUGAUAACACACUGGCCAUGGUCGAGUGGUUUGUUAGUGGAGAAAUGGUAUCCUCUGCUCCCCUGAUCAUUGGAGACACUCAGGCAACCUUCACAGUGGAUAGCUUCUCUAUAGUUGGAGUGUAUCAAUGCCGAGUGUUGAAUGAGAAUGGAGAUAACGCGAUUGAGAGUUUGUUUAUUUCAGGAACAGCUGGCACUCCUGGCCUCGUAACAUCUCCAAUUAUCGCCCUCGCCGACUCUCAAUCUCAAAUCUUUAUCUCCUGGCUCUAUCCUAUCGACCACAAUGUUCUAGACCCAACCCUAUUACGCUACGAAGUCUUCUACCAAGAAGGAACACUCCUUGACCUAUCUACUGCUUCAAGUAAUACUGGGUUACUACCUGUACUGCUGAAUGGACAGAUCUCAGAGGUGGGGGACGUACAGACGACACUGACUGGACUUAAUCCCGGCACCACUUACAGUGUGGCCAUUAGAGCAGUGUCUACUGCCUCGUCGGGUGGACUGGGCGGAGGGACAGUCAUCGUAUCAACCUUUGGAAAUGUCCCUGUGAUCACCGUGGACGACAGUCUCAAGGUACAGCGAACCACGGACAAUAAGACGCUGUUUGCUGAUUGGUCGGACGUAAAGACGACACCUCCUGUGGGACAAGUCGCACGUUAUUGUGUUGAGUACAGAAACUCUGGCAAGAAUGAUGCAAAAAAUAGUGCCAUACUGGAUCCAAAAUUCAGCUACCUCGUGGUCUCACCUGUCGAAAAUGCCCAGAACUACCAGGUGAGAGUGCGUAUAGGAGUGAUAGUGGAGCGGAUGCCUCUGACCUACGACUAUGGCCCCUUCACCAAGUGGGUUCUGGUUCAAGGAGUCACCAACACCGUGCCACCUGUCCCACCCACUCAGGCUAUCUUUUCUGCUACUGGUGUGAUAGUCGCUGCUGUGGUGGUCCCCGCCCUCAUCCUGGCUCUGGUGGUGUUUGUCAUCAUCUUCGGUGCUGUCUGCUACUGUGUGAAGAGCGGGAAAAAAGACAAUUAUAGUCCCAGACAAAAAAUUGAAUCUCGACCCAUCGAUCUCAGACCUGAAGAACAAAGAGACGCAAAGGAAUUGGAAGCAAUGGAACAUGUCAUUUAGACGUAGCAUACUGUACAGUCUUGUUUCUGUGUUUUUAAUGUGUCUGCAUGCAUCUUUGAAUUACCCAUUAAUAAAUUGUAUUAUAAUUUGAUCUCCACUACACUUAGAUCUGUUUUUUAUGUUGUCUAUAUAAUAAUAAUAAUUAUUGCAUUAAUUAUUGUUUCCCUGAAA